AGCAGCAACACAGCAGCCAGCAGCGUUGUGUGCCAAAAGUGCAAGACUCUUGAGUUGAAACGAAAUACAAGAAAAAAGAGAAAGUGCGUUUUGUCGAUUUGUGUGCGGUACAAAAGCCCAAACAGUGUUCACAGCCCUUAAAGGACUAUACAACAAGAACAACAACAACAACACAAUAAAGUGCAACAACAACAACAACAAACAAUUAAAAAUGGCAAACAAUAAAGUUAUUUUCGGUGUCUUGUGUUUGGUGACGCUCUCCGCUGCGCUCCCCGCCGAGGAAACGCGCGGCCAUGCCCGCAACGCCAUCGGCGGCGACAACGACAUUAUGGAUAGCAUCUAUAGCGACUGCCUGCGCAAGGAUUCGGUCUCGUGCGUCAAGUACAAGCUGUUCAACUUCGUCGACAAGGUGCUGGGAGCCCGCGACCAAUUUGCUCUCACCGAGGGCGUCACUGUUGUCCGCUCACCGGAUGCGCCCGUCCAGGAGGCCGCACGCUCCAUCUCAGCCGAUGAGUCGUUCGAAUCGCUCGCCCUGAACCGCAUCAGCAGCUUCCUCAACUCGCACACCAUCAAGGUGGAACUGAAGGGCGCCGACAUCGUUCAGGCCGUGAGCUCCACUGGCCGCGCUUUGGAGGAUGCCUCUGAGUCGCUGUUCGGCAGCAACGAUCCCAAUGCGCCCGAGGAGAGCCGUGGCAAGAAGAAGAAGGCCGCCAAAAUCCUGGGCCCCAUUCUGGCUCUGGUUGCACUGAAGGCCGCCGCCCUCCUGCCCCUGCUCCUGGGUGCCAUCGCUUUGAUCGCCGGCAAGGCUCUGCUCAUUGGUAAGAUCGCUCUGGUGCUGUCGGCCGUCAUUGGCCUGAAGAAGCUGCUGUCGCAGGAGAAGCACGUCACCUACGAAGUGGUCGCCCAUCCCCAUCACAGCAGCAGCCACUCCGUCAGCCACGGCGACUCAUACGGCAGCGGCUACAGCGCCGAUGCGGGCGCCUCCUCUGCUUCGUACGGCAGCAGCGGCCAUGGUGGCUGGGGACGCUCCAUUGAUGCCCAGGAUCUGGCCUAUGGUGCCCAGAAGCCUCAGGCUUAAGUGAAGUCACAGUCAAUCAACCACAACCACAACCACAACAACAACAACCACACGAACCACAACCAAUCACUGACUUGAGCCAUUCAGCUCAGAUACAGACUCUUGAAGAGGAACACAUAUUAUUUAUUGUUCGUUUUAAUUAAUUUAUUAAUAUAAUUUAUUUUAUUUAUUUUUCCACACGAAAAAGCGCAAAGCAACGCACACAAAAAACGGAAACUAAAACGCAAAAAAGAAAAAAAAAAAAUGAAAAUCAAAUCAAAUCACUUGAGAAAGAAUUGUUAAACGACAUUGUAGCGAAAAGAGAAGAAGAAGCAGAGCAGACGAAACCCCCAUGCUGAGUGUGCGUGCAUUUAGUUGCUUGGCAUACGUACAUACGUACAUACAUACAUACAUACAUACUUACAUACCAUAUCAUUUAAAGCUAAAGUUAAGUUUGUAAAAAUAUCACAAAGCGAGAGUUAAAGUCGGUACCUAAUGCAAAUCGUUUCAAAUACUCAUAAGCCCAGGCGGCGGCUCUGUGCAGCGUCCAGCCUUAGGUCUAAGCUCGCACCCACUUACAACACCCACUCACUAUCUAGCUACAUCUGUUUCUCACUGUCUCUCUCACACU